CUCCUGGGAGCUGCAUCCCAAAACCACAGCACCACCAGCACUCUAACAAGAAAAUAGAAGGGAAGGAAAACAGCCAGAAAACUAAGGUCUGCUCCUUUGUGCCUGAGACACUGCAGAGGUAAGAAAGCUGCAAGCAGAAAGAGAAAAAGUAUUUAAUCAAGCCUUGGGUUAAUAGUGGGGGUAUCUGAUCAUUUGUAUGUCAUAUGCAGAAAGCUCACUGGCUUUACUGAGAGCUGGUCUCAAUCACAGCAUUUGUGAUCACAUCCAUGUGCCCUUUGUGGCCUUGCAGACCUCCGGUGUGGGAUCACAGCAUCCUUCUGUCAGGUCCCGGCAGCAGUUUCACUGCACUCCUGAUUGCUCCCUUUGGAUGCAGAAUCACUAUUUUCCCUGCCAGCAGCAGCUUUCUCACUGAUGGUAUUUUGGCUCAUGUAAUUGGUAUUUAGUAUUUUCAGUGGGAUUUACAAAUAGCGACUCCCCAAAGAGGUGUAAUAGAUAUUAGCUAUUCCCUCAAGGCAAACAGGGCUGCAAAGGUUUGGGAUGAUCAAACUGUGUGAUCGGUAGGAGCAGUUAGGAGGCUUACUAAAGUGUUGCAUCUGAAUCUCUGUGCUUUCAACAUAAAUGCUCUAUCAGAGUGUACAGUGCUAGGGACUUACCUGAACAGUGGCUUCUUGUCUACUUAUGGAUGAGUAAAUUUUGCUCCAGCUGCCCCAAUACUUGAGGGCAGAGAGGGAUACAGGUGCCUCCACAGAUUUCUGGUGUUAGCUGAGAUGCUAGAAAAUGUACCCCACCUGCUCACCCACUGCUAUUUGAGAGCAGUAUGUGUCUCACAUAGGUGAAAUCCACUAUCUUGAUGCCUCUGAGGGUGUCUUGGUUACUGUGGGGUGUCAGAGGUGUCACUGCACUCUUCUGCUUGAGCACCUGAGCCUCAUCAGGGGCUCUGUACAGCAAUGCCAGGGAUUGGGGCUUCUUCCCCUUUUCUGGAAGAGCUGCAGCUGGGGGCAGAAUGCAGUUGCAGGUUCCUAAUCAUAAAGAGACAGAAAAGGAGAAAAGCAGGUCCCCAGACCUGCUUGCAGACCCCUUUGCCAUUCAGACACUCAGUAAAGCUUUACCUCUUCUCCCAGGCUCUUCCAAGCAUCCUGUUUGGUUGCUCUUGAGCCGGUUCCACUUGGAAAUGGUCCCUAGCUGGUGAUCAGCUGGUGGCACUGUGUGCUGCUGGCAGCUAUUGCCACCCCUGAUUACACUGCUGAGAAACAUUUGUAAGCAUCCUACGCAUCCUCUUGAGUAUGCUGGACUGUAAUGAUCUGUAACAGCAAAGUCAGUGUACGUGACCCAACUGACUCAUCUGCCAAUAGCCCUUAAUGACCUCCUUGUAAAUGUACCUAAGUAUGAUGCUUUUAAGGUUUCCAGCUUGGGAGUGCUCUAACUCUGUGCUUUCUGUGUUUGUGCUGCCCUCUAUCUCAGCUGGGAUUUUGUAUUUUAGAUACUCUUAGUCAUUAAUUCCCUCAAACUUCACCUUACUGAAGCAUCCCCAGUCACUGCUGGGUGGCUGUAAAUGCUGCCUGGGCCAAGUCCGGUGACCAUGAAGGAAGGUAAUCAAAGGAGAGGGUGUCAUCAAAUUGAAGAUGUGUUGAGCACUCAGCAGGAAAGCUUGUGGGUUAAAGCAAGUGGUGUGCUUAAUCCCUGCCCUGGGAUUAAGAUGAGCUUUUCUGACCAGGAAAAGUGGUUGUGAUCAAGCCAAGAGAUUUAGCACUGGAAAACAGAAACAUGGGUGGAGGAAGCCAGCUCUCCCCUGUUGCAAUCCAGAGGCUGUGUUUCUUCCUGACCUGAGAGGAUGGGGAUUAGUGCAGUGGGGUGUGAGGCAGAGUAUCAGGUUUGCCACCCUGCUCCUUGGCUGUUCCCACUCGCUGGCUCUGCCUCAGUGCUCCCAUGAGCAAUUAGAGAGUGCAGCACCUCUACAGCCCUCUCAACCCCAGCUCCCAAAGGGCACCAAUUUCUGCAUUCAACAGGGGCAACCUGCUGCCAGUCAUGUUACGUCUUGUCUCUUGGAGAUGCAGAAUCUUUUGCCUGCCUCUGCAUUUCACUCUCCUCUGGCUGGGGAAGGUUAGCAGGCCUCAUCUUCCCUAAGGCAAUCCUUGGCCAGCACAAUGCAAUGAGUAUUCUCUGUCAGUUCAACUAACUUAUCUUGUGCAGUUUCUGUGUAUUUUUCACCAGACCCACUAUGGGAUGGGACAGGUCCCAGUAGCUGCUUGAAACAAAGUCAUGUUUGACCAUGUCUUAAUGUUUCCACUCCCGCACGGGGAGCUGCUUUGCUGGCUUAUUGCUUGGAUGGCUUUGUGACUCCCCAGAGGUUUCACAGUUAAAUCCCAGCUUUGCCUGACUGUGACGGUGGAUCCCAGCAGGAGCUGCGAUGGCCACUGCACCAAAAGAGGCAGAAAAUACUAUUGGUCUGGAGGAAAUCUGCAUGGAGAGACAAGAACCCCCAAAAGAACAGAAGACGUUUACAGUGGAAGAAGCUGUGGAAACCAUUGGAUUCGGGAGGUUCCACAUUUUGCUUUUCCUGAUCAUGGGGAGCACUGGGGUGGCUGAAGCCAUGGAGAUCAUGCUAAUAGCUGUUGUGUCCCCUCACAUCCGAUGUGAGUGGCAGCUUCAAGACUGGCAGGUGGCUUUAGUGACAACGAUGGUGUUUUUUGGCUACAUGGUGUUCAGCAUAGUGCUCGGGCUGCUGGCCGACAGGUAUGGCCGCUGGAAGAUUCUGCUGCUCUCAUUCCUCUGGGGAGCCUAUUUCUCCCUGCUGACCUCCUUUGCCCCAUCCUACAUCUGGUUUGUGUUCCUGCGGGCCAUGGUAGGAGGUGGUGUAUCGGGCCAUGCGCAAGGGCUUAUCAUAAAAACAGAAUUUCUGCCCACCAAAUACAGAGGAUACAUGUUGCCCUUGUCUCAGGUGUUUUGGUUAGCAGGAUCCAUGUUAAUCAUUGGCCUGGCAUCGGUGGUGAACCCAACCAUUGGCUGGCGAUGGCUGAUCAGAAUCGCCUCCAUCCCCGGCAUCCUUCUCAUCCUGGUGUUCAAGUUCAUCCCAGAGUCGGCGCGGUACAACAUAUCCGUGGGCAAUGUGGCGGCUGCUUUGGCCACGCUGCAGAGGAUAGCCAAGAUGAAUGGGGCGGCGAUGCCCGAGGGGGAGCUGAGGGAGCCUGCCAAGGAAAGGAGAGGAAGAUUCAAGGACCUCAUCCACCCCAAAUACCGCAGAACCACUUUGCAGAUAUGGAUCAUAUGGCUUGGCAUAGCUUUUGCUUACUAUGGCGUCAUCUUGGCCAGCGCAGAGUUACUGGAGCGGGACCUCGUCUGUGCCUCCGCAGCUCCACCGAUGCAGGACUCCGGCGAUGACUCCGAGGAGAGCCGCAGCCCCUGCCACUGCCGCCUGUUCGAGCCUGCUGCCUACCAAACCAUGAUCAUCAGCACUGUUGGAGAGAUCGCACUAAAUCCUUUGAACAUUCUUGGCAUCAAUUUCCUCGGAAGACGACUAAGCCUGAGUAUCACCAUGGGAUGUACGGCCCUAUUCUUUCUUCUCCUUAAUAUCUGCACCUCCAGUGCAGGCAUGACUGGGUUUCUCUUCAUGCUACGUGCCUUGGUUUCAGCCAACUUCAACACCAUCUACAUUUACACAGCAGAGGUUUAUCCCACGACAAUGCGGGCCCUGGGGAUGGGAACAAGUGGGUCACUGUGCCGUGUUGGAGCUAUGGUGGCCCCAUUUAUAUCGCAAGUUCUCAUAAAUGCUUCUUUCCUCGGGGCCCUGUGUCUUUUCUCAUCUGUGUGCGUUGUCUGUGCAAUCUCUGCGUUCACACUGCCCAUCGAGACCAAAGGCAGGGCACUGCAGGUUUGUAUUACCACUCCAGGAGCUCCUGCUAAAUGCUAUUCUAAAUGCUCUUUAGAAACUAGUAGAUUAUGAUUCAGCUGGAAUCCAAACCAAACUCUCCUGAGGAUUAAUAAACCAAAGAAAGGCCUCACUGGCAAGCACAGACCCUGCUGUGGCAGCAGCUUAAAGCACUGUCACCCCAUUUGCCUAAAGCUCCUUUCUCAUAAAAGAACAAACCAGCACGCCGCCCCUAGUCCCAGCUACCUCAUGCAAGCGUGUUAGCUUCAGCUAGUGCAAGCCUCUCUUUGCUAGUACCUUUCCAGCCCUGACUUGAACUUGCUGCUUCACAGGCACACAGGCCACAGUUCUAGGCUGCUGGUACUGCAGGAAGAAAGGACAGCAGACAUGUAACACCUUCAACUACUAAAGCCAUUUCUUCGCAAAUUCAAGUCAAAACACCCAACUGUAUCAGUAUGUUAGCCAAGCCCUUGUUGCUAGUGUUUCCUAUAAAACACUCUCAAAACACUAAACACAAAGACUAUGGGGGAAGUUUAAAUUCAGACAGCCCCCCUUGAACAGGUUUCAUUAGUUUAAUUACAGGAGGUGGUGAGUGCUUGUGUGAUUCUAGUCAAUUCAGCUACACGAGCGUGGACAUUUUCGCAUCAUGAAUGUGGCAUGCCCCCACCACACUGCCUGUUAUUCUGCAGUCUUACCUGUACAAACCAGAAGACCAUGGGUUAAGUAAUCCACGUUCUUCAGUGGCUUACAGCAAAACAGAUGUUCAAACAAACUGUUUUAUGUCGGCUUUAGCACUACACUUUUGAAAAGCCAGACACACAACAUACAAACACACAGGUAUUACAUAUAUGCGCAUACUUCACUGGGUCUUAUCUAAGAUUUUCUCACUGGGACCUUAGGGUUUUCAGAAAAACAACAUAUUAAUCAUUGCCUGCUUCUUUAAAUGGUUAAUUUUUAGAAAUGCUUGACUUCUAUGUUUUUAUGCCAUUUAAAAUAUCUAUAUGAUACUCUGUAAAAGAUAUGGGGG